CUAAAACAUCAAAAUUCUCUCAAUUUAAAUCGGCUUUCUCUCAGAGGCAUAUUUUGAACCCUAAAACCUCUCGUUCUCCGUAAACCUUGAACCCUAAUUUAUUACAAUGACUCUUAAGAACCAUUCUCCUUUACCAGAGAAUCCACCUUCUGUUUCAUCUUCUUCUGCUUCUGAAGAUGAAAGAGAGGUCGAAGAGGAAGUAGUUAACAACAAAGAAGAAGAAAGCGACGACAGCGAAGAAGAAGAAGAAGAAGGCGGAGAUGACGAUGAAGAAACUGAGAAAUCAAGAUUCUGUGUUGUUCCAAACUCCAAACCUAAAUCUAAAGAUGCUGAAGAAGAAGAAAGCUCUGAUGAUGAUUCGGAAUCUGAUGAACAAAUCCCAAUUGAAAAGGAAGAGGCAGUCAAGAAACCCGAACAAACUUCCAUUCCGUCCAAACGUCCGGUUGCCAAACGACAGGUUGAAGCAGAGAAAUCCUCGAAACGGAGGAAGAAGAACAAUGAUGCUAAUGCUGGAGAAGAGUCUGAGAAGAAAACAGCGAGGGUAUGGACUGAAGAAGGUGAGAUUGUUCUUCUGAAAGGGAUGAUUGAUUACAUGAAGCAGGGUAAAAACCCUAUUUCUGAUUCAAAUGGUUUUUAUGAGUUUAUCAAGGGCUCUAUUAAUGUUGAUGUUACUAAAGAGCAAUUGUCUAGUAAAAUUAGACAUGCCAAAGGGAGAUAUCGGCAGAAUGAAGCCAAAGAGAAGAGUGGGGAAGUCUUGACAUUUACCAAAUCCCAUUUUGAGAAAUGCUAUGAGUUGUCAAAGUCAAUAUGGGGUGCUGAGAAUAAACCAGAAAAUGAUGGUAAAGGGAAAAAAGGAGGUGAGACAAUUGAGGUGGAUGGUGCUACAAACGGUAAGAGUAAGAAGAAGAAAGCUAGUAACGAUGCAGGUGUUUCGGAGAAACGGGAAGAAAGUGUUAAGGUAGGUGAUGUUGAUGGUAAAUUGAAAGCAACAGUUGAAAAAGAAGAAGUAGAGGGUUCUGGGUUGAUUGAAUUGGCUCAGCAUAUGGCACCUCCGGGUUUGAAAAGUUUUCUAAAUAGGAGAGGUUUUCAAUUGCUUGAACCUUCGAAGAGGAAGGCAUUUGAAAAGAGGUGGAAGGACUUACAGGUUGCAGAGGGGGAGUUGUUCUUGAGAAGGAUAGAUUUGGUUCGUGAAUUCUCAUUGAAGGCGUUGGAGGCACUGAAGUCUCAAACUUCUUAAGGUUUUUUUUGACUCACUCGAUUAUAAGCUGGUUUUUUGUCUUCCUAAUAGCAUAUAGGUGGGGGAGGUACAGCGCUGAAUGUUAUGUCUAUUGAGAAGAUUCGGGGUUUUAGUUUUAUGUUGCUAUAGGAGUAUGGUUUAGAAUUUUCUGCCAGUUAAUAUUUGCAUAUGUUCAUAGUUUAUACAUUAUAUUUUUCUUAGCAUAUAGACCAAACUUAUGGUAGAAAUUCUGUUUUGUCUUGUCUCA